AGACUUCGUUUUCUGUGACCAGUGAACCAGAUACCCGACGUCCUACCUACAAAUGCGGGACAGGGACCGAACUACUCGGGAUCGGCAUCGCGAUCGUCCUCGCGUCAGAGACCGGGAAAGGGACAGAGAACGUGACCGAGGACCCGGUGUCGCCGGCGACGAGAGAGAUCGUCGGCGACGCGACGACCGGAGGCGGAGGUCUCCGUCGGCGUCGCCGCCGCGACGGCGGCCGCGGAGGGACUCGCGGUCCAGAUCGCGUUCUCGGGAACGCAGCCGCGAAAGGGCGUUAAAGUUGAAGACGAGCACUGCUGGCCCGACGCAGGAACUUGUCAACUCCACUCGAGAAGCUGAGCCACAGGAGAUGUCUGAAGAAGAAGCCGCAAUUUCAAGUGUGGCUCCGGGAACUGAGCAG